AUGGUCUUCUUUUUUUUUUUUUUGGCGGGAGAUCGUUCCCCAGAAGAACCUUCGAAUGGCUGUUCCCAAAAGGGGCGCCCGGGGGAAAGCGGUGGGUUCAUCACGCCCCCGCCAUCCCGUUCAAAAAGUCACCCCCGCCUCUUUUUUUUUUCCCCCCGAAAACCGGGCGACGGCGAACCACCACCCGAACCCGAAGGGCCCGGCCGAUCCCUCCGAAACCGCGGCCCCCGCCUCUUUUUCGCCGCCGCGGGGGUCCGUUUGGCUCGGGGGAUUCCGGUGGGGGUGCGGGCCGAGGUCGAACCGAGGAAAGGUUCCCUUUUCGUCCGCCCCCGCACCGCUUGA